AUGUCUGGUUGGUUCGUUGUUUCUGUGGUAUCAGCUCGAACGGACCGGGCAUUAGAGAAUAUACUGGGCCUGAAGACAGCGAUGGACUUUAUUCCUGUUGAUGUCGACUUCCGCUUCUGCGUACAGGCCAACAUCGAGCGGCUGCCAGACUUCGUCACCCAGGCCUACAACAAUGACCGUGAGUCCUGCCUUCGGUACCUUACAUCUUAUGCCAGGAAACGCUGGCAAAAGCGGCUCUCAGAGACUGCUCAACAGAGAUGGAAGAAGGAGCAGGCUGGUGAAGAGCAGGCUGGUCUCAGAAGACGACUUAUAAAAACGCCACUCUAUCAAGGAACCAAGCGUGCCAGGAUAGCCUCUCCGAUUCCGUCUAACAUGCGUGCAAAGCCCGAUGAGACAACUGCCGGUGAAAUUCCUACCUUGCCGGCUGCGGUGCUAUCGGCUGCGGAACCCUAUCGGAGAAAUUGUCAAAAUGACCCCGCUGGGGUCAUCUUAGGCUACUAUGAUGAUCCUAUGGGACCUCUGGCGCCGGGGAUGGAUAUUGAUCAUUUCUGGGAAUAUGGAGAUUGCGAUCAAGAGGGGCCCGUCAGCGAGUGA